AUGGCAAAAACUGGUGAAAAAUCUUCUCAUGAAUCGUAUUGGGUUGAAUUAUUGGCAAAACUUGGGAACGACAAACAAGUCCGUGAGGUAGCGGGUAAAAUUAGUAAGGCUUACGUAAAUACGGGUCGGCGUUCUACACUGACCAACAACAACGUCAAGCUUAGACUUGGAAUUGCGCUUUUUAAUGCGGGCGUAGAAGAAAAACCUUACUAUAAUGACGAAUAUGAAGAAUAUGCUUUGGGUCAAAGAGAGGAGGUCCCUGUUGAAGCCGGAAAUGAUGAGGUCAUAAGCGAGGAAGUUGGAACUUUUCCGAUGGGAUUUGUGUUUAUAAAUCCUCUUAAAAACAAAAUAGGGUUACCGCUUCAAUUUCAUCGAUGUUUAGCAACCACGAAAAAUCAAUUUAUUCCUAAAACCAAGUAUGUUUCGGGAACUGUUCCACAAUAUGAAAAACUAAUUGAAAAUUUGUCAUUUGUUCAAAAACGAAUUCUGGGUGGUCAACCUUUAACUUUAGCGGAAAAGAUAUUAUAUGCGCAUUUAUGGGAUCCUAAAAAGAUUAAUAACAUUGUUAAAGGUGAAACUUAUUUGAAAUUAAAACCAGAUCGAGUUGCUAUGCAAGAUGCAUCAGCACAAAUGGCAAUUCUUCAAUUUAUGCUUUCCCAAAUGUCAUCUACCGCGGUUCCAACUUCAAUUCAUUGUGAUCAUUUAAUUGAAGCAUUUAAAGGUUCUGAUAAAGAUGUUGCAACAGCAAAAAUAACAAAUAAAGAAAUUUUUGAUUUCUUGCGAAGUUCAGCGAAUAGAUAUGGAAUAAAAUUUUGGGGACCUGGUAGUGGUAUUAUUCAUCAGGUUGUUCUAGAGAAUUAUGCAACACCUGGAGAACUCAUGCUUGGAACUGAUAGUCAUACACCGAAUGCAGGUGGAUUAGGAAUGAUAGCAAUUGGUGUCGGAGGUGCAGAUGCUGUUGACGCUAUGGCAGAUAUUCCAUGGGAACUUAAAGCACCUAAGAUUCUUGGUGUAAAAUUAACCGGGGAAUUAAAUGAAUGGACAAGUCCUAAAGAUGUUAUUUUACAUCUUGUUGGAAAAUUGACUGUUCGAGGAGGAACGGGUCAUAUCAUUGAAUAUUUUGGUCCAGGGAUCGAGAAAUUAUCUUGUACAGGGAUGGCUACUAUUUGUAAUAUGGGAGCAGAGGUUGGAGCAACUACUUCUUUAUUCCCAUUUACAUCUAGCAUGUAUUCUUAUUUAACUUCAACCCGACGUCAACAAGUAGCCCAUCAAGCAUCUCUUUAUUCAUCAUAUCUAAAAGCUGAUGUUGAUGCUAAAUAUGAUCAAGUAAUUGAAAUUAAUUUAUCGGAACUUGAACCUCAUAUUAACGGACCUUUUACACCUGAUUUAUCAACACCUCUUAGUAAAUUUUCGGAUUUCAUUAAAAAAAAUGGGUGGAAAGAUGAAAUAAAAGCAGGGUUAAUAGGAAGUUGUACAAAUAGUAGUUAUCAGGAUAUGAGUCGUGUCGUUAGUUUAACUACUCAGGCAUUAGAUAAAGGUUUACAACCAAAAGCUGAUUUUUUUAUCACUCCUGGUAGUGAACAAAUUCGAGAGACAAUGGAAAGAGAUGGUCAUUUCGAAAUUUUAGAAAAAGUCGGUGGUCAUGUUUUGGCUAAUGCUUGUGGACCUUGCAUUGGGCAGUGGAAACGAACUGAUAUUCAAAAAGAUGAAGAAAACGCGAUUUUAACGUCUUAUAAUCGUAACUUUAGAAACAGGAAUGACGGGAAUCCAUCUACUAUGAAUUUUUUGGCUUCUCCCGAGAUUGUCACAGCUAUGACUUUUGCUGGGAAAUUAUCAUUUAAUCCUAUAACAGACACCCUCAUCGAUAAAGAUGGUAAACCUUUUAAAUUUUCAAGUCCAUUUGGUGAUGAAUUACCUUCUGAAGGAUUUGCUGAAGCACAAAUAGAUACUUUGGCCGAUCGAACUGCAGAUAUUAUAAUUUCACCAGAUUCAACUAGACUUCAGUUAUUGGAACCAUUUCAAAUUUUUCCUGGAAAAGAAUAUGAUAACUUACGCAUAUUAGUAAAAGUUAAAGGAAAAUGCACGACAGAUCAUAUAUCAGCUGCAGGACCGUGGUUAAAAUAUAAAGGUCAUUUGGAAAAUAUUUCAAAUAAUACUUUAAUUGGGGCAUUAAAUGCUGAAAAUAAUAAAGUUAAUGUAGUUAGAAAUGCAUUAACUGGCACGGAUGAUACCAUACCGAAUGUUGCGCGCUAUUAUAAAAAAAAUGGUGUUCAAUGGGUAGUAAUAGCCGAACAUAAUUAUGGAGAAGGAUCAGCCAGAGAACAUGCUGCCCUUCAAGUGCGAUAUUUAGGAUGUCCAAUAAUAAUUGCUAAAUCGUUUGCCAGAAUACAUGAAACAAAUUUAAAGAAACAAGGAGUAUUACCAUUAGUAUUUAAAAAUGAUGACGACUAUAAUUUAAUAACUGGUAGUGAUGUUAUAACAACUAUUGGGGUUGUGGGAUUAAAACCUGAUAAAGAUGUGAUAAUUCGGGUUCGAAGAGGAAAAAAUGGUGAUUACAAGGAAUUUGAUAUAGAGACUAAGCAUACAAUGUCAGAAGAUCAAAUUGAAUGGUUUAAUAAGGGAAGUGCUUUGAAUCUUAUUGCUUAUAAGAAUUCCUCACGAAAUCUGUAA